CCCAGAGCAGCGAUAUAAAGCUCACUCGCAUUUGGGAAACCUGAACAGAACCCAACUGAAAAUGCAAUCGAUUGUUAUAGUUUAUCUGAUUUUGAUAAGCAUCUUACUUUGGUUGAAGCUAAGUCCUGGAAGUCCUGACAGUUCCAGUGCCCUGGGCACGACUACACCUACAGCCGGAACUGCAGUUCCUAGGAUACCACAGGAUUCCCCAAAGGAGAUAAUCGAGAUCCUCCCCAAAUCACCCACAAAAGACUCCAAGCUAUUGACUGUUCUAAAAGGAUCACCAGCCAGGGAUAAUCUCAUUGCGGAUUCUCCUACUCCCGCAACUAACGUCGAGCAAGCAACCUUCGAUUGUUAUUCGCUUUACGGCGAUGACUGUUUCCUUUUACCAGAUUCUAUUGGACCCAGACUCAGUGCCAAGCUGUUGAAAAUUCUAGCGAAGACCUAG